CGGCUGCCAUCACUUUGCCUUGGCCAGCCCCCUGCAAUGCAGGAAGCAGCCGGGAACGUAACAUGCAACUACCUCGAUUCAUUCGAGGAAAUGGAAGCAUGGACCCUUUAUUACGAUCCUGCCUUUCCAAUAUUCGGCACCACGGUUCCCGUCUACCAUGGAAGACCGUCUCAUGCGAUCAGCACGUUUGAAGCAUUAUUGCAGCUCUGCAAGAUUGCAGCUCAGAUCAUCGAUGCAUUUUAUGCGUUAAAUAGCGUGACAAGUUCAGACAAACGCCUGCUACAAACCAGACAGGACAUAUUGACACAACUCAAGCAGUGGGACCAGGAUCUCUCAGCUAGGCUCAGGUUCGACCCUAAUACAGAUACCACACCCCCUCCUCAUCAAAUGACCCUACAUACGACGUAUUGGACUCUAGUAAUCUUGGUUGAGCAAGCAUUUCUCAAUCGAGGCCACUUCAGGUUCACACUCGACCCUCCUGUUGAGGACGAGUUGAGGCAAAACUGUAUCCGGGCAGCGCUCAAUAUUUGGAAACUAGUCGACGCAUACAGGAAGGCCUUUACACUCCGGAGAGCUCAUUAUGGUAUUUCAUACGCUACUUACUGUGCAGUUCUUGUCAUGCUACAA